CUACGAGGUACCAGUACGUCUCGGUCUGAUAGUACGUUGUAAGAAUUCAUUCGCAUUUUCUCAACAACGCAUUACGUAGGGGAACACUACCUAUUCAUCCGUCCACCAUGCCCGCCUCCCGCGCCCUCCUCCCCCUUCGAGGCCGUCACUGCCUCAUAACCGGCGCCUCCGGCGGCAUCGGCGCCGCCAUAGCCCGCCGCUUCGCCGCUGAGGGAGCCCUCGUCACUCUCACCGGCCGCAACGAGUCCAAGCUCCGCCGGAUCCUUGCCGACCUCCCCCCUUUCCCUGACCAGGCCCUCUCCCCCGUCCAUGCCGCAUCCAGCCCCAAGUCCGUCCCUCCCAGUUCCCCCGAGAAUCUCUGCCACGCGUAUCGCCGUCUAGACCUGUCAAAUCGGGGGACAAGCCAUAACCCAACACGAGAGGACGCCGACGCGAAUGAGACGUAUAGCGAGCAAAACACCGUUCUCGACGCCAUCUGGGACCGCACCGGCCAAAUCGACGUCCUCGUCAACGCUGCCGGCGUCGCCCAGUGGCAGCUCAUUCAAAAGACCUCCCUACAAGAUGCGAGGGAGGUGCUCGACACGAAUCUGCUGGGCGCCGUGCUCACGUCCAAGUAUAUGGCGCGUCGCAUGAAAAAGCGCCGCGCUGAUCGAGAUGCCUGCAUUAUCAACAUUGCAAGUUUGCUAGCACAGAAAGGCGUUCCUGGAGCAAGUGUCUAUGCAGCCUCCAAGGCCGGCCUGCUGGGCCUGACACAUGCUCUUGCUGUUGAGUUGGCCCCGAUGCGUAUCAGGUCUAAUGCCAUCGUGCCUGGAUAUAUCGAAACCGAGAUGAUAGCAAACAUGUCGAAGGAGCCUCUCGAAAAGAAAAUACCUCUCGGGCGGCUCGGUACGGCUGAAGAGGUGGCCGACGCUGCCGUUUUUCUUGCCCAAAAUCCUUAUGCCAACAAUUGCAUCUUGAACCUAGAUGGAGGUCUAAGUGCAGUAUGAGGACCAUGUACACCUGGACCAGUUAUUCACAGCGGGCGGGCCCGUCAUAAAAUCCAU